GUUUAAAACAAACGCACCCAAGUACCCCUUUGAUUCGGGACUGCGGAAGUGGUUUUACUGUCAAAUAUCCAAACAUUGCUCCAAAAGCAGAGACGAGACCUUUGAUCUGCAGCAGCAGCAGGGCUCCAGCCCCCGAUCCAGGAGCGCGGCCGCUUUGUUUCCCGACGCGCAGCACAAAUCUGAAGAGCGCUCGUUUCUCCUGCAGGUGUCCUGGGAGGGGGGACGAUGCUGCAGGGGCUCUCAGCAGACGCCGGUGGCCCCAGGUUCACUCCCCUGGUGGUGGUGGAGCUCGUGUCGGACGCCAAGGAGGAAGUGAUUGCGUGGCUGCUCGGCAGGAUCCGAGACCAGCAACAGAAUGGGGGUGCUGAGCUGCUGGUGGAGCAGUUGGACCAUGGAGUCGGGGAUCAGGAGAAGGUAAACCCCAACCUGUUCGUAGUCGGGGCCUCCUGGCAGAGGCUGCUCUCUGGUGCGGAGGACGUGGGCCUCUUCAAGGAGUACAGUGACGGCUCCAUGAGGGGCUUCACCUGCGCCAACAAACACAACUUCAAAGACUUUAAAGGGGAUGGAGGCAGCUUCCUCAGUAUGGCUGAGUGUCAGUACAUCAUCAAACAUGAGCUGGACACGCUACGAGCUAAAGAUGAGACUCACGUACCGGGAUACAGUCGCGCCAAGCUUUACCCGGGCAAAUCUAUCAUUCGCAGACUGCAGUCCAAAGGGAUUCUGGUCCAGAUUUUUCCUCUACAUGAAAAGGAAGAACUAAAGAGACUUUCUUUUUCUUGGUAUAAAAAAGUGAAGUUGUCGCUUCAGCCUCUUGAUGAUAUCAGACACUACUUUGGUGAGGGUCAGGCGCUCUACUUUGGGUUUCUGGAGUACUUCACCUUUGCCCUGGUGCCUUUGGCCCUCAUCGGGGUUCCUUACUAUCUGUUUGACUGGGAGGACUACGACAAAUAUGUGGUGUUUGCUGUGUUCAACUUGAUCUGGUGCACCGUCAUCCUAGAGCUGUGGAAGCGAUUCAGCGCCACCCUAGCUUACCACUGGGGCACGCUGAGCAGAAAGAAGGCCUUCGAAGAACCUCGACCAGGAUUUCACGGCGUCCUCGGGUUCAACCCCGUGACGGGGCGCGAGGAGCCUCUCUACCCCAACGCCAAGAGGCUGCUACGUAUCUACCUUGUGUCCCUGCCCUUCGUCCUGCUCUGCCUCUACCUGUCUCUCUACGUUAUGAUGAUCUACUUCCGAAUGGAGGGCUGGGUGCUGUCCAUCCAUGACGAGGACCCCACCUUCUGGACAGGAGUUUUGUUGUUCAUCCCCAGUAUUAUCUAUGCUGUGGUCAUAGAGAUCAUGAACCUCAUCUACAGAUAUGCUGCAGAGUAUCUCACCGAGUGGGAGAAUCACAGACUUGAGUCUUCAUAUCAGAAUCACCUGGUCCUCAAAGUAUUAGUAUUCAACUUCGUCAACUGUUUCGCCUCGUUGUUCUACAUCGCCUUCGUCAUGCAGGACAUGGCACUGCUCAGACAGAGUCUGGCCACCUUAUUGAUCACCAGCCAGAUCUUGAAUCAGUUCAUGGAGGCCUUCCUGCCCUACUGGCUCCAGAGGAGACGCAACAAAAAGAUGAUCCGCAAAGCCCAGAAGAGAAGAACUCUGCAGGACAAAGAGCUUCCCCUGGUAGAGCAGGUCCGGCUGGAGGCCGACAUGAGCACGUAUUUGGGAACAUUUGACGACUACCUUGAGCUGUUCCUGCUGUUUGGUUACGUCAGCCUGUUCUCCUGCGUCUACCCUCUGGCCGCUGUCCUCGUGGUGCUGAACAACAUCACUGAGGUUUACUCCGACGCCUUCAAGAUGUGUCACGUGUUCAAACGGCCCUUCUCCGAUCCGGCUGCAAACAUAGGAGUGUGGCAGCUUGCUUUCGAAGCCAUGAGCGUGAUCGCUGUCGUGACCAACUGCACGCUGAUCGGCAUGUCUCCACAAGUCAAAGCCUACUUCCCUGACUCGGACACGCAGCUCAUACUGUGGACGGUGGCUAUCGAGCAUGGACUGCUGGCCUUCAAGUUCAUCCUGACCUUCCUCAUCCCCGACGUCCCCAAACACAUUCAGACCAAACUGUCCCGCCUGGAGUUUGAGUCCCUGGAGGCCCUGAAGAAAAAGAGACCUCUCCACGGAGGAAAAUGCUGGAAGCCCCGGAGCUCACCAAGACUGUCCUGUGAGGAGGAGGAGGACGAGGAGGAGGAGAAGAGGAGGAGGAGCAGGAGGAGGAGCCACAGAUUCUGAUCAGGAUCAUCACUGACCGACAUCUCACGUACAUGCGUGUACCAAGUCACAAAAGACGUGUUUUUUUUUUUAUUAUUAUUAUAUUUUUUUGAGUGUGUGUGUGUGUUUUUGCACUGUUGAUCUGCAACAGCUUCACUUUAUCUGUGGAGGGGGGGCGGAGUUUACAGUAACGCUGCGGUUCCAGGAGUGGAUCAGGAGGAGGUGGUGCACCAGAUAUAUUAGGAAUGAGAUGUACUGUAGGGGUGUCGGGGCGGUGUGUGGGUCAGGUGUUUAAAUCACGCUGUAAAAACGAUAAAUAUACUGUAGAAAAUGCUGAUUUUAUAUUAGACGGUUGGUGAAAGGAGUUUGGGUCAAUCAGGUGUGGGGCGGUGGAAAUGUUUAAAGUUUGUUUACCUCCUUCAGGUGUAACCACUGAUUACUGAGCUGUGCACGGCAGACGCACCAAUAACCUCCAGAGUUGACUGUCUCUCAGUAUUAAAGCUGCUUAACGCUACUUUUUUAAAGCCCUAAUAGCUGAAUGUACAAACAUAUAAAUCACGGUUUUGUCACUUACUUUGAAAACUGUAAAAUGAAACGGUUGGAAAUAAUUAUCACUGUGACUACAGGUGAGCCUCUCACAUCAUGUAUGACCUGAAUAAGAAAGAGAAAAAAACAAACCAAGCUAUUUAUUCUCAAGUUCAAAACCUCCUUCCUUUUAUCUGUGGACACACUGAGCGUCCUGUAAGUGUUUCACAUUUAAGUAGCAGUUGGCAAAACUCGAUCCGCAUUUACUUUCCGCGUGAGCCGAUCUUUCCACUGUUACUGACCGUGUGGAAAAAUCAGCCUCUGAAGCCUCGGAAGAUAAACAGAAAGUUCGCCGAGUCUUCUGUGGAGAAUUUAAUUUGCUUUUUACGUGACGACAGGUGCAUGUGUCUUAUUCAACAUCGGCCUUAGUGAGGAAAAGCAUCAUUUAGAACUGAAACAUUAGGGAUUAGUUAAGUCUGACUGAUUUAUGAGCUGAGCACGGACGAAAAAAAAAAAGUUUGCAUGAACAAACAGUUGCAGAAGCACAGUCAGUGUUUGCUCACAUCCAAAAAAAAAAGAAAAAAAAAGGAAAACAUUUUACGCAGUUGCUGCAGAGUUAGUUGUAUGAAGUAUUAUGUGUCAUUUCGGCCUUUGCUUCCACAGCAAGAGAUCAAACCAAGUGUUGGUUUUAACUGUGAUGCGAUCGUUAUCAGUUUGUAGAAGACUUGAAGCUUUAAACCAAUGCACUCUUUUAAAAAAACCCCUGUGCCUUCAAAUCCAAGUAUUUGUUUUUUAUACGCUCUACACACAGUCCUCUGGAGUCUAUGUCACAGGAUGUAUUGAAACUGUAACAGUAUAUUAAAUAAACUUCCAAGUUAUGAGAUGAAA